UCGAAAAUGGGAAGAAACAUUGGUCCUCUCGUGUGUCUCUUGGUCAUGAUCAUGGAUGCUAUCGCCGGAACACUCGGCAUUCAGGCUGAAAUAGCCCAAAACAAGGUGAAGCAUUUGAAGGUGUGGAUUUUCGAAUGCAGAGACCCGAGUUACCAAGCCUUCAAACUCGGCUUGGCUGCGGCUGUGCUUCUCGCACUAGCACACACCAUAGGGAACCUGCUUGGUGGGUGCAUUUGCCUCUGGUCAAAGCCAGACUUCAACAACGCCACAGCUAACAAGAAACUAGCUUUCCUCUCCCUCAUUCUCUCAUGGAUAAAUUUAGCACUGGCAUUUUCGCUGUUAAUCGCAGGCGCAAUGGCGAACUCAAAAUCACGAAAAGAUUGUGCAUUAUCACACCAUCGAAUACUAUCAAUAGGAGGCAUCCUCUGUUUCUUCCAUGGAUUGUUCACAGUAGCAUUCUACGUCUCCGCAAAAGCCACAUUCAGCGAAGAGAAGCUCAAGAACCCUACCAACCACAACAGCCAUCCUCCAGCUUAAGCAGACUCAAUUUCAGGACACAAUUUUGCUUUGUAAUUCAACAUUCAAUUG